UCAUCAGUGAACAGCUGUUUGUGAAACAGCUCGACGAUCCUUCAUUAUCUCCUCUGUUAAGGCAUAUGUUGGCGCAUACGUUGGUGCCGUGGAUGUGCGUGGGCCGGACAAGGAUAUCCUGCAAUGGUUGACGAGUCGAAAUGCACGGGCCGGGUGACGUCCACGACCCACAUCGAGAGCAUGCAUUGGCAGCACCUGUUGCACUGCCGCUGCAAUAUGGCGGCCUCCGUCUGUUCAUGCAAAGCAAUACAUGGAAAUGGUACACGCCAGAUUUCAUCUUGGACCUGGUGCACGAGCUUUUUGCGCCAGGCUGCAUCGACCUGGAUCCGUGUUCUUGUGCCGCUGCAAACACGCAGGACACAGCCUUCAAGGCCUAUUUUUUGCGAGAUUUGUUCUGGGAGUAUCAGGCGGGGAAUGUGAGGCAGGCCGUGGUGCUAUUGAAGGCAGGUAUAGGCUACAGCUGGUUCAACGAUAUGCUGAACUGGCCAGUGUGCUUUCUCCAGGAGCGCCUUUCGUUUGUCCGGCAGUACCUGCCCCCAAUCCCCCAUCUCUGCAACCCUCUGCGUGAGGCCUGUGGUUGA